AAAAAGUUCCAUAGAAGAAAGAACGUCUCUUCCAAACAGGUUUGUAACAUAAUGGUGAGUAAAUGAUGACAAAAUUCUCAUUUUUAGGGGUGAACUAUCCCAUUUUUCACUAUGGACAUAUUUGGCACUAGUUUAAUUUGUCAAUUAACAAUUGUCCAACAGAGAACAUGCAUACAUCACAGCAGAAUUCUUUCCUUUUAAAUGAACUAUCCCUUUAAAAAUGAAUCUAAUUUCAAAUAUAAAUGCUAUAUGUGGGUAUAGAAUAUUCCAUUUUCUUUGGCGUCAUAAAUUAAGCAUGCACAGUUAAAAUGAAUAUGUAUCUGCUGCUAUGAAUCGUCAUAUUUCCUGUCCUCUGGACCUCGUUCCAUUAUGUUGAAUGCCCCCAUAGAUAUGUAAAAACAACCUUUUGUCUGAGAGCUGAAAAGUGAAGGCAAUUUGUCUGUGGCAACCAGCAGAGCUCUCAGACAGGAGAAUGUGUUAAUGAGGAUCCGAGAUUAAAGAGAUCAAUGAAAGGCCCAUUAAGUGCUUAAACGGUGCGCUAACACUUAACAAGCGCAGUUUUUGACAAUGCUUAAAGAGAGCACACAGCCCAAACCAGUUGACUUCUAGUCAGGGUACAUAACCUGUGCAAAGCCUUUUGCUUCUCUGUGCACAUCAUUUCAAAGUGGAUUCUUAUUGAGCAACAGAAGGUAAGUUGGGCUUUCAUAUAGAAAGAUUUAAUUUGGUUACCAUCAGGUUUUAGAGAUCUAAAUCUUGUUUUAAUGCAGUGUUGGAGUAGUUCUGCUCCUUUAGUUUUUGUGGUACAUGAUUGCAAACCAAAAUGUUGAAAAGCUAUUUUGACAUUCUUUGACAAUUUAGAAAAGUUACUCAAUCUGACGUUGAAUAUGAUCUCUCUCUGUCAUGCUUAUAUUUUGUCCUCGUUCUAUUUCCAAAGCUAUGCGUCCAUCCAGUAUUUUGACCUUUGAACCGGGGUUGGAGUCUGGAGUGCCAUGGGGCCUUGAUCUUUUUACUUUUGUGACUUCAGCAGCUGGUCACAUGAUGAGGACUUUGCAAAGACCACGUAAAAACAAGCCAUCAAAACGACAAGUCAAUCAUCGCAGGUUUCUGCACAACAUGAUACAGAGAAAAUUUGCUGAAAUAGAGGCAGCGAACCAUCAGCUGGCGUCUGCUUUAUUUGCAACUGAUAAACCCCCCGAUCAUCUAACUCCCAGACUAUCUCACAUUGUAACAGAAGUCACAGACCAGUCACCCAAACUUUCAAAAAAAGGUAUUGAAACUUUUAUAAAUGCUGACAUAACCGAAGCGCUUCCUGAACAACAAGAGGAUGUGUGUGACCUCUGGACAUUGGACAGUCUUUUGGACACCCAUGUGGAUGAUAAAAGUUUCUCACCGUGCAAGUUCUCCAACAGUAGAGGAAGAAAUCCGAGAACUGAGAAAGAUGGCAAAGCUUUGAAAAACAACCCUGCAAGCUCAAUGGAGAAGGACAUCGACUUCAGCUUCAGCUUCGAAAGGCAGCCAGCAUCUACUGAUUUAGAAAGCUUGACUCAAAUGAACGACAGAGUCCUAGAGGACAGCAUGUCCUCCUGGUUUGGGUCCAUUGAAAGAACAAGAACAUAUUCGAAACCACAUCUCACCAAGUACCAUGACGUGAAGUUGCUCCCCACAGACGUUGAUGUUCAAGACCUGUCACCUCCUUCUCCGGUGAUUUCACUCUUGUCUUUGGAUUCAUGUGAUUUGGAGGUUCAGAUGCUCAUAGAUGCAGAGCGCAAUGUGAACCAAGUGCAAGAUGCCACCAUCGUAGAGAGUCUCCAAAUGGAUAUGGUGGAUGACCUUGACCUCCUGGAUAAAAUGGCUGAGUGGAUGGAUCGCAGUGAAGAGGAUGGACGAUGUUUACAGGAAACAUGUGCGUUUCCAAGCUCUCUGGAUUCAGAUCUAGAGAACCUAACAGGUUCUGGUGGUGGGGCCACCAACUCCAUGUCCAAUUUGGGCCAAACGGGUCGUUCAUUUUUUGCUAAUGUUCUCUGUAGUCAAGAGCCACAUAGACGUAGUUUCCAUCAUGAUCAAAUAAACUAUGCUAUGAACCACAAUAUCAUUCUAGAAGACCGGUUUGGUCAGGUUGAACCUUGCAUGAAGACGAAUGGAAAGGAGGAUUGUUAUUUAGAUACAGAUUUUUCUGUCAUGGAUGGUAAUGUUUCAAGCAACCACAUGUUCCCAGGAUUUGAGAGACAGUUGGACCAAUCCAAAAGGAUUCUUCAUGACGACUGGGAACAACAACCUCUAAAAAGUCCAGAUCAGAUUAUGAUGCAAGAAACUGAUAUCAGAAAUGUUGACAAAAACAUUGUGCAGGUUGAGAAUCUCAACCAGACUUUAUCAGGCCCCCAAUGCCCGAUAACAUGCUGCCUUGAAGGCUUUUGUUAUCAUAAAGAAGACUCGUGUUUUUACACAAAAUUCAGAGGCAGUCACAACUUUGAGGGCGUGGCUAGAUCUUUCCCAGCCACACUGCAUAAGCUCCACCCCACUCCAAUUCCGACUCCACCUCUAGAUGAUGAUUGGUUGUUUAGUAAUAUUGUGGCAGAGGAAGAGGUAAAUAGCAUGAAUAAUACAUUUGGAAAGUACUGAUCAGUCAAUGGACAGUAAUUGUUGUUUUCAUGAAUUUCAUUGUACCUGGGGAUGUUUGAUUUUUACACUUUUGUGAUUUUAUGAUCAUUUCUGUUAAAUGUUCUUGUCUGUGGUGUGAAAAAUGUAAUAUUUUUUGUAAU